UCCCACAGUAGACAUGCACAGGAAAAACAGCAUUUGGAACUUCAUGUCAAGAACAAUAGUUAAGCUGUCCAUACGCUUUGAGGCUUUCUGGGGACAAGUUUAAUUAGGUGUGAUAAUGCUACUAUGUUGUUGCUGUUUACCGUGGAGUCAUUAAGGACUUAAACUCGAGGACUUGUUGGUUGGAGUUGUGGAUUUAUUCUAUAUACGUGACGAGCUCUUGGCCAUGUCACUCCCAGAGGAGGAUCUUACGUGCCCAGUGUGCUGUGACAUUUUCACAGACCCUGUUCUGUUGUCAUGCAGUCACAGCUUUUGCAGGGGCUGUCUAAAACAUUGCUGGGACAAAGGGAUACGAGAGUGUCCAGUUUGUAGGAAAAAAGCUUCAAAGUGCAACCCUCCAUGCAACUUGGCGCUAAAAAAUGUUUGCGAGGCUGUUCUUCAGGUCAGGAGGCUGAGCUCAGUGGAAGGGGAAGACAAGGUGAACUGCAAUCUUCAUGGAGAGAAGCUGAAACUCUUCUGCCUCAAUGACAAACAGCCCAUCUGCGUGGUGUGUCAGUCGUCCAAACUGCACAAGACCCACGACUGCUCGCCUAUAGAUGAGGCACUGCUGGACUGCAAGGACGAACUUGCUUUAUCCCUCAAGAGCCUGCAAGAAAAGCUGGACAACCUCAAAAGAAUUAACAUGACGUCCAAUAACACACUAAUGUGCAUCAAGAGUCAGGCGCUGGAGACACAGAAAAUGAUCAAGAACCAUUUUGAGCAGCUGCAUCAAGUCCUCUACCACGAAGAGUCGGCUAGAUUAGCUGCUGUGAAAAAAGAGGAAGAAGAAAAGAUAGCAGGGAUGAAGGAGAAAAUGAAAGAGCUUUCAGCUGAGGUGACGUGUCUUACGGAGACCAUCGCCAUCAUACAGGAACAGCUGAAAGAAGACGAUAUGGUUUUGUUGAAGAAUUUUAAAGACACACAAGACCGAUGUAAAAGCAUAGUGCUUGGUUCAGAGAACAUGUCUGGGCUGCUGAUUGAUGUGACUAAACACCUCUACAACCUCAAGUACAGAGUCUGGGAAAAAAUCCUGGACCAUGUUGAUUAUACUCCCAUAACCUUAGAUCCAAACACAGCACACCCUUGCCUCAUCCUGUCUGACGAUCUCACUUCCCUGCACUACUCAAAGCAGCCCAGUGUAUGUCCUGACAACCCAGAGCGCUUCCAUAUGAGCGCUGAAGUGGUAGGCAUGACCGCACUAGGCUCAGGAAGUCACCACUGGGUUGUGGAAACAGGAAGUAAUCAUGACUGGCUCCUGGGUGUUGCCUCCAUGUCUGUACCGAGAAACACAGAGAUCUCUGCCCGGCCCAAGAAUGGCUUCUGGACUUUAUGUUUCCGGGAUGGAGACCUGAGAGCAAUGACCUCCCCACCCAGCCUGCUGACAGUUUCUAGAACACCUAAGCAGGUCAAAGUUCAGCUCGAUUACAACAAGGGAACGGUGUCAUUUUUUGACGCCACUGACAACACACUCUUAUAUGCAUUUACACACUCCUUCACUGAACCUUUAUUUCCAUAUUUUUAUACACAGAGCAGUCAUCCAUUGCGAAUACUGCCAGAGAGGGUACUUGUCACAAUGUUGCGGCAAUAAGUGGACGACUCAUUUAUUCUUUAUCAAGCGAGAAAAUGUAAUCCCGGGAUGAAAUGAAUGUCAAACUAUCAAAGUGGGGAGGAGUGACCUGCUGUAAUGUUACCACUGAAGCAGUCAUUUUACUGUAAUGGGAAUAUUGCUCCUUCUUCAGGCUUGAUGUAUACUCACUGGACACUAUAUCAGGUACACCUUGCUAGUACAAUGUCGGACCUCCUUUGGACUUCAGAACUGCCCUAAUUCUUUGUGACACAGAUUCGACAAAGUGCUGGAAACAUUUCUCAGAGAUUUUGGUCUAUGGUGACACAAUAGUGUCACAGUUGUUGCAGGUUUGUCAUCCGUGAUUCAAAUCUCCUGUUCCAACCUCAUCCAAAAGGUGCUCUGUUGGAUUGAGAUCUGGUGACUGUGGUGCUAAUCUGAAUACAGUGACCUCACUGUCAUAAAACCCAAUUUAAGAGUAUUUGAACUUUGUAAUACGUAUGCUGUAAUAUCCUGUUGGAAUUGGCCAUCAGCAGAUGGGUACACUUUGGUCAUAAAGUCCUUUGAGCGCUCCAGUAGAGUAGAAGUGCAUUAUAUGAGAACCAGUCCAUUUACCAUAAAGGGAUGGACAUGGUCAGCAACAAUACUCAAGUGGGCUGUGGCAUUUUAACAGUAUAAAGUGUGCCAAGAAUAUUCCCCACUGAACCGUUGAGACAAUGCAGGAUGGACCCAUGCUUUCAUCUUAUAUUAAAUUCAGAUCCAACCAUGUGGAUGUUGCAUUAAAAGUCAAAACUCAUCAGACCAGGGAUCAUUUUUCCAAUU